AUGGUAAAGUUUAGUACUUUGUUUGAUGUUGUGCUACUUGAGCUGGGGGAUUUUGUAGUUUCUUCAGAUUUGGAAACAGUUUUUUUACUUGCUGUGCUGUCCACAGUUUUUCCAGUUGGUUUCACACUCGGGGUGGUUCCAGUCAUUACAGGUGUGGUGUCACCAGGGGACAAUACAGUGGAUCCAGUUGUGGUGUCUGAGGAUGUUGCAGUGGAUCCAGUUGUGGUGGUGUCUGAGGACGUUACAGUCGUUCUAGUUGUGGUGGUUUCUGAGGAUGCUUCAGUGGAUCCAGUUGUGGUAGUGUCUGGGGAUGUUCCAGUUGUUCCAGUUGUGGUGGUGUCUGAGGAUGUUACAGUCGAUCCAGUUGUAGUAGUGUCUGAGGAUGUUGCAGUGGAUCCAGUUGUAGUAGUGUCUGAGGAUGUUAUAGUCGAUCCAGUUGUGGUGGUGUCUGAGGAUGUUACAGUCGAUCCAGUUGUAGUAGUGUCUGAGGAUGUUGCAGUGGAUCCAGUUGUAGUAGUGUCUGAGGAUGUUAUAGUCGAUCCAGUUGUGGUGGUGUCUGAGGAUGUUACAGUCGAUCCAGUUGUAGUAGUGUCUGAGGAUGUUGCAGUGGAUCCAGUUGUAGUAGUGUCUGAGGAUGUUAUAGUGUCCAGUUGUGGUGGUGUCUGAGGAUGUUGCAGUGGAUCCAGUUGUGGUGGUGUCUGGGGAUGUUGCAGUGGAUCCAGUUGUGGUGGUGUCUGAGGAUGUUACAGUCGAUCCAGUUGUGGUGGUGUCUGAGGAUGUUAUAGUCGAUCCAGUUGUGGUGGUGUCUGAGGAUGUUGCAGGGGAUCCAGUUGUGGUGGUGUCUGGGGAUGUUGCAUUAGAUCCAGUUGUGGUGGUGUCUGAGGAUGUUACAGUCGAUCCAGAUGUGGUGGUGUCUGAGGAUGUUAAAGUUGAUCCAGUUGUGGUUGUGUCUGAGGAAGUUACAGUCAAUCCAGUUGUGAUUGUGUCUGAGGAUGUUACAGUCGAUCCAGUUGUGGUAGUGUCUGAGGAAGUUACAGUCAAUCCAGUUGUGGUGGUGUCUGAGGAUGUUACAGUCGAUCCAGUUGCGGUAGUGUCUGGGGAUGUUACAGUCGUUCCAGUUGCAGUGGUGUCUGAGGAAGUUACAGUCGAUCCAGUUGUGGUGGUGUCUGAGGAAGUUACAGUCGAUCCAGUUGUGGUUGUGCCUGAGGAUGUUACAGUUGAUCCAGUUGUGGUAGUGUCUGGGGAUGUUACAGUCGAUCCAGUUGUGGUGGUGUCUGAGGAAGUUACAGUCAAUCCAGUUGUGGUUGUGUCUGAGGAUGUUACAGUCGAUCCAGUUGUGGUGGUGUCUGAGGAUGUUACAGUCGAUCCAGUUGUGGUAGUGUCUGAGAAUGUUACAGUCGAUCCAGUUGUGGUUGUGUCUGAGGAUGUUAUAGUCGAUCCAGUUGUGGUUGUGUCUGAGGAAGUUACAGUCGAUCCAGUUGUGGUGGUGUCUGAGGAUGUUGCAGUGGAUCCAGUUGUGGUAGUGUCUGAGGAUGUUACAGAUGAUCCAGUUGUGGUGGUGUCUGAGGAUGUUACAGUCGAUCCAGAUGUGGUGGUGUCUGAGGAUGUCACAGUUGAUCCAGAUGUGGUGGUGUCUGAGGAUGUUACAGUCGAUCCAGAUGUGGUGGUGUCUGAGGAUGUUACAGUCGAUCCAGAUGUGGUGGUGUCUGAUGAUGUUACAGUCGAUCCAGAUGUAGUGACUUCUGGGGAUGUUACAGAUGUCGUAGAUGGUGUUAAAUCAAGAGCCAGCGUAUCUGCACAUAUGAAAAACAGUGAAUAUAGAAAUAAGCAAAACAGAAAUGUUACAUCUGGUGUAAAAAUUAUAAAAAUGUAA